AUGGCGGACCUAUCGUCUGUUGCCUUCCUCCUCGAACCGUCUGGGUGUAUGCCAGCUAAUCUUUUCUCCACAGAGAGGCUAUCGACAGGCGGCUGGGACGGACAGACCCUGACCGUCACGCUGGCCCGAGCAAGCUCACCGACGCGGCCGAUUGCUGGGCCUACGCGGAGUCCAACGCGUUUUCCACAGACGUCGUACGUACAAGGCUAUUCGAAAAGUGCAGCAGGUAUCACGGCUCCAGCGUCUCCCAUAUCAUCAGAAUCGAUGGCUACACCCCCAGCAAGCUAUCAGUCACCAGAACCUAUAACGAUUGUGAACUACACAGGAGUCAACAAUGUUAUGCCUCUUCCAAUGGACCCGAUGUUUCAGCCGGUUCCCUGGAACACAGCACCCGCUAAGGGGGCAGCUCCUUUUCCGAACUCGCAUGCUGUACCUACAGCUGCACCUGCACCGAUGUUCACUCCUCCAUUCGAUCCGGCUGCGUAUUCGUUCUAUCCGUAUCAAAUGCCGGCAGUUCCCCCGAUGUACGAGAUUCACGUCCCCAAGCCGCCCAUUCAGAAUAACUGUCGGACAGAUAUGUUCCAACAGCAAUACUACCACUCCUACGGCUACGAGAUGCCUAGCAAUAUGAAUAACAUGGCUGCUGCCAAUGUCAGUUACCCAACUUAUCCACUCGCUGGCAGUGGCAGUGGCAGUCGCAGUGUCCUUAUCCAAAAUCUCGCUCCUGACGUCAACCAGCAAGUCCUCGAGGGGCAUUUCCGUGUCGCAGGGACCAUCGAAUGGUGCGAGAUCAUAUCCGAGGAAGACGGCAAGCCAUCAUCAUCAUCUUCUUCUUCUCAUUCUUCUUCUGGCAGUCGGAAAGUCUCGGGCUCCUACGCAACAGCCACCUUCAGGACAGAGGAAGAGGCGAAGCGAGCAGUGGAGCUGUGCGACAGGAGUCUGUUGAUGGGCAGGAAAAUCAGAGUGAGGCUCGACUGGGAGGCAGAAUCGAUAUCGAAUCCAGAAACGAGCGGUGAUAUACCGACACCGACGUUGACAGCAUCGUCGUCGCCAACAUCGUCAUCAUCAUCAAAAGAAAGGACUGACAAUAACAAUCACAAAGACUCGAGAAGAGACUCAGGAAAAGAAUUUUCACUACAGGAUCAUAACAAUAAGUCUGACACGACAACGACGACAGCACCACCCCACCAACCCCUCGUCGUAAACGGGUCCUGUGUCAGAAGGCGAAACAAUCCUACUAGUCCUGGUCCUGUUCAUGGUCCUGGUCCUCUUGUUCUUGGUCCGAAUGCCAGCAGUCUAGUGAAAGUGAACAACUGA